AUGGAGGGUCUAGGGCCGCCUUCAAUCGACAUUGGUGAUGCUACCGCUAUUAUGGACCGAAACGCUCUCAGGGAACUCAGGCGACUAUAUUUUGAACCCAGAGCGCAGCAUGGUGGGAGUCCGCAGGUCCAAACUCCAGGCUGGCAAGCUCAGUUGUCAACUGGAAAUACGUCAGAACAGCAAUCCCAGGCUUCCAGACAGGGGACUUCCCCAAACUUUCCAGUUACGCCGGUUACACCUCAACAGACGUUAUCGACAUCGCUUUUCGACUCCCCUCAGUUUACUUUCAAUGAUAACUGGGAACAUCUACCUGUUCAGGAAAGCCACAACGACUUCAUCCUGGAGUAUUCCGUACAAGGACAAGCCGACCUAGGGACACGUCAAAGACAAGCCAUAGUUCCUUCGCAAGAUGCAGGGCCUUUCCAAGAUGUACAACCUUUGCAAGACUCACUGCAACUAGAGUUCCCGUUUGAUGAUAACUCAGUAUAUCUACCUGUCCAGGAAAGCUACAGCAACUCCAUCCAGGAGUCUUCUGUGCAAGGGCAGGCUGACCUAGGAGCAUAUCGGAGUCAGGCGAUAGCACCUACGCAAAAUGCAGGGCAUUUCCAGGAUGCAGAUCCUUCCCAAAAUACACAGCCUUUGCAAGACUCACUGCAACUGGAGUUUCCUUUUGAUGAUGACUCGGGAUACACACCUUUUAAGGAAAGCCAUAACGACAUUAUCCCGGAGUCUUCGUUACAAGAACAGUCUGAACUAGGGACAUAUCAGACACAGGCAAUAGCACCUUCGCAAGAUGCGCAGCCUUUUCAAGAUGCGUUGCCCUUUCAAGAUGCAUUGCCUUUUCAAGAUGCAUUGCCUUUUCAAGAUGCAUUGUCUUUCCAAGAUGCAGAGGAUGAACAGUCUGAACUAGGGACAUAUCAGACACAGGCAAUAGCACCUUCACAAGAUGCGCAGCCUUUUCAAGAUGCGUUGCCCUUCCAAGAUGCAUUGUCUUGCCAAGAUGCAGAGGAUUUCCAAGCGGGGAGAUGA